AUGGCUACCGACGAUGAUGAAUACAUUUGCGACUGCUGGCCAAAGAUGCCCAAUGGGAAAGACUUUGAUGGCUCCGACCUGCUGAAUCUUGUCCGCAAGGGGAGCAGCCCUUUCAAGGACAACUGGGAUGUGAACAAACUCUUGCAAGAAAUCGAGGCUCACAUGCAUGCCAAAGUGGUUGACAUCCCUCACGUAUCCUCGGGAUCUAACAACAUGGGCCUUCACAUGAAGCUUUCGAAUCAACGCGAGAUUCUCGUUCGUCUCGGUCGCGCCGACAUUAAUGUGCCCAACUACGAUGGCUUUACCUUCGACACUAUUAUCCGCGAGCUCAACUUCGAGAGUGCCGCCUACACCCUGCUCUCGGGGCAUCCAGAGAUCCCUGUUUCAACUCUUCUUUACCUGCGUCCCCCUGUUAAGCAUGAGUCUGGGGUGGAUUAUGACGUGGGAAGAAGUGUCCAAGGUCGGCGACUGAUGGUCUUUGACUUUUCCCAUGGCAGAAGCAAUGUCUGGUGGCAACUGCUGCCAGAAGGCAAAGAUGACCUUGUCUCCCAAGCUGCACGUCUUCGAGCCUCUUUGUUCAACUACGACCCACCUAAGGACUUUGUCGCCACUUUCCUCCUCCAGCGCAUCUUCGCUUUCAUGCCCAGCGAGCUGCCCUGCCUGGUCGAGCCCACCAGAGACUUCUGGCUCACCGUCUUCCGCUGCAAGAUUGAAGCAACGAUCAAGAAUGAAGGCGACAUGAUUGGAUGGGAAUUUGACAACAAUACUGUCGGUCCAGAGGCUUUGAAGGCGAAGCAAUCUCUUCUUCGCUUCUUGCCACACAUGCUACCGUCGGAAGAGAAUGAGAAAGAUCUGUAUCGUAUGGUGCUAGAGCAUGGCGACUUCGGCAUUCACAACAUGUCUAUCACGACCGAAGCGGACAAGAACCACGUUCAUAUAAAGUCACUUUAUGACUGGGAGACGGGCUGCAUUUGGCCCGCUAUGCUGUCAGAUCCCGAGAUGGCUCUCCCUGUUGACCUUAAUGUAGACGAGAAUGGUAAGCCCACCAUCACACGAAUCUCAGAGGACGAAACCGCUGAAUACCGAAACGAAUUCAUGAAUCACGCCAAAAACUACGUUGAGGUUCUUCAUCAACACGCGCCUGAUUUCGAACGUGUCACGAAGGCUGGAAAGGACGCACGCUACCUCUGGUUCCAGCUCAAACGUUGGCGAGGCGAUGACCCGGAGGAGUUCUUCGGAGAACUAGGCGCCUGGGCUGAGCGUCGCAUGGUAGAGAAGGGCUUUUGA